GUUCAUGUGGUGGAAGCCACAGCUUACACAAGCAUAUAUACUUUCACUCCCAGGACUAGAUUCUUAUAGCAAAAUGUCGCACAAAACCGCUUCUUCCUCUGCUUGCUUGUUCGUAUGCUGCUUGUUCCUCAUUUGGCUCUUCAUCGUCUCACCAGUCAUGUCUGAUCGGAUAGCGCGGAUAUUAACCUCCACACCUAGUAAUAGGCCAAGUAAGAUGGGAGUACAUGGAAGUCGGUCACCUAUAGCACAUUCUUCAACUGGCAAAAGUUCUCCUUCCUCAGUGCCUGGCAAAUCGACUUACAUUUCAUAUGGAAAUAUCUCUGCUUCUAGCUCUGUCUCCAAUACGCCGUACAACCGAGGGAGACCAUACAGCCGCGGGUGUAGUAACCUGACCCGUUGCAACGUACCUCCAUAGGGUUGUAUCGGAAAAGCAGGACCAGGCUUUUUGGUUCAGCGGUGUCAUAUGUUUGAAGCAAAAACUUUCAAAGCAAAAACUCCCGAGUGAUGUACGAUGAAUAAUUUUUUUUGUUGAAAAUACGAGAAUCUCAUAAAAUUACCGUUGUUGAAGAUUUGAAAUAUUAUGAUUUAAGAAUGCAUGCUAUGAGUCAUGAUAAUGUAUCUUACUCAAUAAAUAUAGACAAUCUUUUUUGUUUCAAAAUAAAU